GCCAAAUGCACAUACGCGUUUCGUAUUUGAACCGUGAAAUACAGCCUAGGCCAUAAUAACGUGAAUAGAAUUUCUUACUGCCUGCUGCCCUUCUUAAGAGUUGGGGCCCAUGCAUAUAUUUUAGAGAACAAAGAAACAAUAAAGGUGUCUAGGCUGGUAGAAAAUCAAUUUCCAGGAGAAACGAAACAUUUGGGGGUCAUCUAUAAAGUCCAGAAUGUUCUUUGACAAAGUAAAUAUAUUCUGGGAAACAAUACGUUUAAAAGAUGGUUUUUUUUUUUUAAAGGGUUUGUUACCUAUUAGGAGAAAAUAUGAACGAGAAGUUACAUAAUCAUGAAUAGCAUAAAUCGGUAUUUAACAAAUUUUGAAGGUGUCACAAGAAUCUAUUUGGAAUGGAUAGACCUAGGAAAUGAUUGAAAAUUGUCCCAGGUGAUUGGUGUCAUGUAGUAAAAACAAAACACUUGAUCUUCCUGUAUGUAAGAAAGGUGUAAACAUUGCUUUAAAAUCUUCCUUGGCGUGGGUCGUUUACAGAGAUCUGGUUUUCUCAACACAGAACCUAUCACUGUAUUUUUAUGUGAUUUCCCCCUUAAUUUUAAUGUAAUUGCCGUUUAACUGAGCUAACAUGUCCCGUGUGUCAGGUACACCUUACUUGUGAUCUGUGCAGGUUGUCACCUAAGUUAGUGUGCAGAAUAGUUGGAAUUAGAGAACGGAAAAAAAAAAAUCCCCCAAAGCCGGGAUCAUCAGAAGAGAAUUUAAGAAAACAGCAAUUUAAGCAGAGGAGGAGAAAUGUCAUAGAAGAGGAAAAACAAGACCUGCGGGUCAAAUCUGGGAGUUGGGAAAGCAGGUGGCGGGUUUGGAAAACAGUCUCCUUGGAGGACGUUUGAAAGGAGAUUGUCAGGAAAGGGUGCAGCAGAAUUGUGAUGCCAGACACGGUUGUUGCCCGCAGCAGACGUCAGGACACAUGCUGUUGGUCCCUGCUCUCACAGUUUCUGAUUCACAAAGUCUGGAGUUGGGGCCCGAGAAUUUCCCUUCUCAUCAGGUGCUCCUGGCCUGGGUUCUAAGGCAAACCUGUGGAUACAGCCACCCAUACUUGCUGUUCCUCUUGCUUGCUGGCCUAUUUAGGUCUUGCACUGGAGGAACCCAAGACUGUCAGAGAGUGUGCAGUGAUUAGAGCUAGUCUCCAAGCUCUUCACACUGCAGAUUUGAACCAGGGCUGGAGCAGAAUGAAUGAAGACAUUUAAAGGGAGUUCAUAAAUCAUACUUAAGUCAGAAAGUAUCCAGUUACAAGCAAAAUGAGCAUCCCCACACUGCUACUGCAUCCUUACCAGCAUUUACUAAACAGCCUUAGGGUGCCUUCCCCACGUCUCCACUGCAUCCUUCACUCAGGUAGGAAUCCUGCAUCUGGAGCCCCAAGUGCUGUGCUGCUGAAGCCCUCAGGACACCAUUGUACCCAGUGGACACUGCUGUCUGGUGGCCCAAGGAGAGCGUUAUGUGCCCAGGCAACCUUGAAGGACCACACAGAAGGACUUUCUGAUAAAGAACAAAGAUUUGUGGAUAAACUUUAUACGGGUUUAGUUGGCAGGCAAAGAGCUUGCUUAGCGGAGGCUAUAACUCUUGUGGAAUCGACUCAUGCGAGGAAGAAGGAGCUGGCUCAGGCGCUUCUUCAGAGAGUCCUCACCCACCACCGAGAGCAGGAGCGGCUCAACCAGGGAAAGCCCCUCACGUUUCGAGUAGGAUUAUCUGGGCCCCCUGGUGCAGGAAAAUCAACCUUCAUAGAAUAUUUUGGGAAGAUGCUGACUGAGAGAGGGCACAGGCUGUCUGUGCUAGCCGUGGACCCAUCUUCCUGCACCAGUGGUGGAUCCCUCUUAGGUGAUAAAACCCGGAUGAUAGAGCUAUCAAGAGAUAUGAAUGCAUACAUCAGGCCAUCUCCCACCAGUGGAACUCUAGGAGGUGUGACAAGGACCACAAAUGAAGCUAUUCUGUUAUGUGAAGGAGGGGGAUAUGACAUCAUUCUUAUUGAAACUGUAGGUGUGGGGCAGUCGGAGUUUGCUGUUGCUGAUAUGGUUGAUAUGUUUGUUUUAUUGCUGCCACCAGCAGGAGGGGAUGAACUGCAGGGCAUCAAAAGGGGUAUAAUUGAGAUGGCAGAUCUGGUAGUUAUAACUAAAUCUGAUGGAGACUUGGUUGUGCCAGCCCGCAGAAUCCAAGCAGAGUACGUGAGCGCAUUGAAGCUGCUCCGCAGGCGCUCAGAAGUCUGGAGACCAAAGGUAAUUCGCAUUUCUGCCAGAAGUGGAGAGGGCAUCAGUGAGAUGUGGGACACAAUGAGAGAAUUUCAGCACGUAAUGCUGGCCAGCGGGGAGCUCACCACCAAGAGACAGAAGCAGCAGAAAGUCUGGAUGUGGAAUCUCAUUCAGGAAAACAUCUUAGAACAUUUCAAGACCCAUCCGAGCAUCCGGGAACAGAUUCCUCUGAUGGAGAGAAAGGUUCUCAGCGGGGCCCUCUCCCCAGGACUAGCAGCAGACUUAUUGUUGAAAGCUUUUAAAAGCAAACCCUAAUAAACUUACCCUAUACAAUCA